AUGGCUGAUUCAUCAUACUACAUUCUCUACGUUACUCUCUUCUUUCUUUCCAUCGUUCUCCUCCGGAAUCUCCUCCGCCGGCCGUCGAAGUCCCUCCUUCACGGCAGGCCGCCACCGAGUCCGCCGGCGCUGCCGCUCAUCGGCCACCUUCACUACUUCUCGCCCUACGUUAGCAAAUCGUUUCACAAUCUUGUCACUAGGUACGGCGAUCUUUUGUUCCUCCGGCUCGGCAACAUCCGAUGCCUCGUCGUCGCAUCUGCGACGUACGCGGAGGAGAUCUACAAAAUUCAAGACGUUACGUUCUCGUCGCGGCCGAAAUUCGCGUUCGGAGACGAACUUCCGUACGCCAAUGCCGGAUUCUUCGGCGCGGAGUACGGCGGUUACUGGAGAUUCAUGAAGAAAUUGACGAUGACGGAACUUUUGUCGCAGCGACAAGUUGAGCGAUCACGCGGCGUCCGGAGAGAUGAGAUGGUGAAGUUCUUGGUGAAGUUGGCGGAAUGCGGCGAGAGGAACGACGCCGUGGAUUUGGGCGCCGAGCUUAUUAGACUCGCAAAUAAUAGUAUUUGUAGGUUAUUGAUGAGUACACGGUGUUGUGGCAACGACGAUGAAGCAGAGACAAUAAGAACAUUGGUAAGAGAAACAAUGGAAGUAGCAACAAAAGUAUCAUUUGGAAAUGUGUUCGGAGGGCCUUUGGAGAAGUUAGCGUUUUGGUUGUUUGGAAGACAAGUAAGAGAUUUGACCCUUAGGUACGAUGAGAUACUGGAGAAGGUAUUAAAGCAACAUGAACAUAGAGCGAAGGAAGACGAUUUCGAUAGGGAAGAUCGAGAUCUGAUGGAUAUUUUGUUGCGGGUUUAUCGAGACGAGAAUUCCGAGUUCAAGAUCACAAGAACUCAUAUCAAGGCCUUUUUCCUCGAUCUGCUUUUGGGUGGCACUGGAACGUCGACCGAGGUAGCCCAAUGGGUCAUGUCGGAGCUUCUCAACCAUCCCAAAGUAUUCAACAAACUCAGAAACGAAAUCGACUCCGUCAUCGGAACCACCAAACUCGUUGGAGAAGACGACGUUCCAAAUCUCCCUUACUUACAAGCCGUUGUCAAAGAGACUCUCCGGCUCUACCCCGCCGUUCCUAUCGCCAUGCGAGCCUGUCGUCAAGAUUGCAAGAUCAACGGCUUCGACGUGCCUAAAGACACGAUGGUGGCAGUCAACCUAUUCACCAUAAUGCGCGACCCAAAAGUGUGGGAGAAUCCGAACGAAUUCGAUCCUGAAAGGUUCACGGGUGAAGAGCGGUACGAGAUUAAGGGGCAGCAGAGUUUUAAGUUUGUUCCGUUUGGUGGAGGUAGAAGGGCCUGCCCUGGCUCCACUUUGGCGUUCGGGUUCAUCAGCACUGUGGUUGCAGCCAUGGUUCAAUGCUUUGAUUGGAAGAUAGGAAGAAAUGGAGAUGAAAGUAAAGUGGAUAUGGAGAUUGGAGCCGCCUUCACCUUGCCCAGGGCUAACCCACUUCUCUGUGUCCCCGUUCUCCGGUUCGACCCAUCUUCCUUGGCAAAGACUACGUAUUAGUAGCUAUUUUCUUGCUCACAGUCUCGAGUCUCGAGUUGGUU